AUGAUGAUCAUAUCUGUUAAGGGUACCAUUUUGAAUAUUAGCGAUAGAAAUAUUGCUAUAAGACCAAUUGAUGUUGAUAAAAAAACUGGUAUUGAUAUAGUUAUUUGGUUUCCUAUAAUGUUAAAUUAG